AUGAAUUUUCAGGUUCCCAAGCUGCCAAAAUUCGAUGAGAAAACAGAUGAUCCAGGUCAGCAUGUUUUACACUAUGAAACUGCCAUGACUCUGUGGCAUUUCAGCGAUGAGUUGAUGUGCAAGAUGUUUCCACAUUCACUGACUGGAGGGGCAAUAACGUGGUUCAAUCAGCUCCCGCCACAGUUGAUCGGGACUUACCAUAAGUUGAUUGACGAAUUCAUCUCUAACUACAAAUACAACAAACGUGAUCGGAAGGGAUGCCAUGCAUUAUUCCUUCAGGGAAUUCAGAAGGAGGAAAGCAUCAGAAAGUUUACUCGACGCUUCAAGCAAGAGUUGGCCGAUGUGAAUGGAGAUAACGAUCAAGUCGUCAUUGCAACCUACAAACAGGCAUACCAGCAUGAUCACAGAGGUGUGUACGGUUCCUUAGUCAAGAGACCACCAAAUACCUUAGAAGAACUGUACGAUCGAGCAGAAAAAUACAUUCGAGUGGAGGAUGAUUCCAAACCUCAGGAGACGAGAGAUGUUAACAGAUCAUCCAAUCAUCAAAAUGAUGGGAAGAAAGACAAGUCAAAGAACCGUUCAAUUGGACAACAUAACGAUCGAGGUGAAUUUCGAGAAAAAAACCAAGGUGAACGCAUGGAACUGGAUAUCAGAAAUAUCAUGAUAUGA